AUGCGGCAUGGGUUUGCCGAGGCCUACUCGAGCGAGGAGUACCUCCAGGCCCUCGAGAAGAACUACUUCCUGUAUUGGACCGACACCCGCCAUGAGCGCGUCGGCCUGCCCAAACCUCCCUCGACCGACCCGGCCGACAACAAGAUCGACUGGCGCAACCGCGACCGCAUCCGCACCGCCGCCGCAUGCCUCGUCGUCUGCCUGCGCAUCGGCUACGACCCGCCCGACGUCAUCAAGACGGACCCGUGCGCCAAACUCGAGUGCUGGGUCGACCCGUACGCGAUCGCCAAGGACAAGGCCAUGGAGCGCAUCGGCAAGAACCUGCAGCAGCAGUUCGAGAACCUCGCCGCGACGCCCAAGACGCGGUACAAGCAGUACCUCGACCCGCCGAUCGAGGACGCCAAAAAGUUCUGCACCGCGGCGCGCAAGACGGCAAAGAGCGAGCGCGUCCUGUUCCACUACAACGGCCACGGCGUCCCCAAGCCGACCCCGUCGGGCGAGCUGUGGCUCUUCAACCGCCAGUACACGCAGUACAUCCCCGUCUCGCUCGCCGAGAUCAUUGCCUGGAUCGGCUCGCCCGCCAUCUACGUGUGGGACUGCUCGGCGGCGGGCAACAUCGUGUCCAAGGUGCAAGAGUUCAGCAAGAAGCGCGACGACGAGCUGCAGCGCGAGGCGGCGGCGGCGGCGCAGCAGCAGCAGCAGCAGCAGCCGCCGCAGGGCGCGCUCGGCGCCUGCCUCGCGCACGAGCAGCUCCCGAUGAACCCGGACCUGCCGGCCGACCUGUUCACGUGUUGCCUCACGUCGCCGAUCGAGAUCGCCCUGCGGUUCUUCCUCCUGCGCAACCCGCUCAAGUCGAACCUCGACCUCGACAUGCUCCUCAAGAUCCCGGGCAAGCUCAACGACCGCCGCACGCCGCUCGGCGAGCUCAACUGGAUCUUUACGGCCGUCACCGACACGAUCGCGUGGAACUGCCUGCCGCGCGACCUGUUCCAGAAGUUGUUCCGCCACGACCUCGUCGUCGCGGCCCUCUUCCGCGGGUUCCUCCUCGCCGAGCGCAUCAUGCGUUUUUACGAGUGCACGCCCAUCUCGGUCCCGGCGUUGCCGCACACGCACAACCACCCGUUGUGGGACAGCUGGGACCUCGCCGUCGACAUGUGCCUCGCCCAGCUCCCGACCCUCCUCGAGCACGAGCAGCGGUGGCUCGACUCGCUCCCGCCGCAACCGCCGACCCUCCCCGACCAGCCGCCUCCGCCACUCCCUCCCCAACCGCCGUCGCCCUACGUCCACUCGACCUUCUUCGCCGAGCAGUUGACGGCGUUCGAGAUCUGGCUCGAGCAGGGCACGGUCGCCAAGCGGCGACACCCGGAGCAGCUCCCCGUCGUCCUCCAGGUCCUCCUGUCGCAGGCGCACCGCCUCAAGGCCCUCAUCCUCCUGUGCAAGUUCCUCGACCUCGGCCCGUGGGCCGUCAACGUCGCCCUGUCGAUCGGCAUCUUCGCCUACGUCCUGCGCCUCUUGCAGGCGCCCGCCGUCGAGCUCAAGCCGGUCCUCAUCUACAUCUGGGCCCGCAUCCUCGCCGUGUACGAGGGCUGCAAGGAGGACCUCCUCAAGCAGGCGUACCCGAGCGCGCGAGGCGUCGACCAGGCGCCGUACACCUACUUCGUGUCGGUCCUGCACCCGUCGUCGACGAGCCAGUUGCCGCUCCCGAACGUGUCGGAGCACCGGGCCAUGUGCGCCUUCAUCCUCGCCGUGUGCUGCCGCGACUACAAGCCGGGCCAGGUCGCGUGCCUGCGCGUCAACGUGUUCGAGUCGUGCCUCGUCCACCUGCGCGACGACGACCCGCUCCUGCGCCAGUGGGCCAUCCUCUGCAUCGCGAUGAUGUGGGACGACUUCGAGGAGGCCAAGGGCAUGGGCGUCAAGGCGCGCGUCCACGAGGUGUUCUGCAACCUGCUCCACGUCGACCCGGUGCCCGAGGUGCGCGCCGCCGUCAUGUACGCCCUCGGGACGCUCCUCGGCACGACCGGCGGGCCUGCGUCGGGCCUGUCGCCCGGCGAGCAGACCGACGUCGAGCUCGGCGUCGCCAUGGCCACGCUCAAGUCGUCGUCGGACGGGAGCCCGCCCGUGCGGCGCGAGCUCAUCGUCCUCCUGUCGUCGAUCGUCAACGAGCACCAGGGCCACUUCGUCAUCGCCGCGUACCGCGCCAUCGUCGAGCGCGUCCACCAGGCCAACGCGGGCGAGGCGCCGACGAGCGGCAUCGAGGAGCGCAUCGCCGCCAUCGCCGCGAGCCUGAACGCCGCCGCCGAGAGCAACGAGGGCCCGUCCAACCCGGCCUUCCAAGCCACCAUGUUCAGCUGCAUGUACCAGACCUUGACGCAGCUCACGGCCGACCCGCAGCUCGAGAUCGCCGAGCCGGCGCAGCAGGUCGUCGACUACAUCUUCGACCUCCUGUUCAUGUCGCCUCUCGGUCCCGCCGCACGCGCCGUCCUCGCCUCGGCUCAGCCCGACCGCACGGCGACGGCCAUGAAGAGCCUCGCGCACCUCGCGCUCGAGGGCGGCGGCGGCGCCCAGUCGCCUGCGCCGCUCUCGGCCGCACCGUCGCCGACGCCUGGCGGCAGCCCGGCGUCGCUGCGCACGGACGGCAAGCAGCUGUACGGCGCGAGCGAGGGCGGCGCCGGCUCGAGGACGCCGCAGCAGGACGGCGGCGGCGGCGGCGGCGGCGGCGGCACGGGCCCGACGACGAGCGGCGCCUCGUCUGCGUCGUUCGACUCGCUGCGGCACCUCCAGGCGCGAGUCGGUCGGCCGUCGUCGACGACCAAGGCCCGUCCCGCAGCGGCCCAGGCGCCCGACCAGGUGUUCCCGCUCAAGGGCACCUUUUUCGACUUUGCGCUUGAGUACUACAAGGAGAGCCAGAUGCGGGCGACCGAGGCCGACGAGCCGGGCAGCAUGUUGCACAACGAGCGCGUGUGGCGGCGGCAGAGGAACGAGGCGGUCAUCAUCAAGACCCAGCCGAUGAAGGUCCCAGCGUGCCGGACACGGUGGGACGAGCAAGUCGGCUUCUUCGGCGGCGAGACGGUCCCGUCGCGCAUCAUGUUCCACCAGUUCGAGCCGCACCUCAUCUCGGCCGACGACCGCGGCAACAUCGCCGUCUAUGAGUGGGAGAAAAACUCGCGCCUCAACUACUUCGCCAACGGGACGCCAAAGGGCGUGCCCAUCACGACCUUGCGCUUCGUCAACGAGGACGACAUCGCCCUGCUCAUGACGGCGACCGCCGACGGCGACGUCCGCCUCUUCCGCUCGUACGAGUCGCCCGACGACGUCAAGCUCAUCUCGUCGUUCCAGGGCAUCUCGGAGGAGCUGCCCCGCAGCUCGAACCAGGCCGACGCCGGGCUCGUCGUCGAGUGGCAACAGGGGCGAGGGCAGCUCCUCAUGGGCGGCAACGUCAAGUACAUCCGCGUGUGGGACGCGACGCGAGAGCUCACGAUCCAGGACCUCCCGACCCGCGCCAACUCGUGCCUGACGUCGCUCACGUGCGACCAGGUGGCGGGCAACAUCGUCGUCGCCGGGUUCGGCGACGGCGGCCUGCGCGUGUACGACCGGCGCCUCGCGCAGCGCGACAACAUGGUGCGGCGGUACACGGGCGUGCACGACGCGUGGGUCCAGAACGUGCACAUGCAGCGCGGCGGGAACCGCGAGCUCGCGACGGCCGACCUCGGCGGCCAGGUGUGCCUGUGGGACAUCCGCUUGACCGAGCCGAUCCAGACGCUGCAGGCGCACCAGGGCGGGCUCACCCAGAUGACGGUCCACGAGCACGCGCCCAUCUUUGCGACGAGCUCGGCGUACAACGUCAUCAAGCUGUGGAACAUGAACGACCUGAGCGAGCCGUUCAGCAAGUUCCGCAACACCUCCGGUCUUCUCAACACGAAGCAGUCGGACAUGACGUUCCUCGCGUUCCACCCUCACCACAUGGUGCUCGGCUGCGCGUCCAACGACGGCGCAUCUCGACCGGGCUCGACCGACCAGGCCGGGCACGUCAACCUGUUCCAGAUGAGCGGCCGACGCGACCUCCUCGACUCGUUCUCGAGCGCCAUGUCCUUUGCGCCCUUUAUCUAGUCCCCUUCCCUGUCCUCGUCCGUCGUCGUCGUCGUCGUCGUCCCAGCUGUCCCCCACCCUGCCGUUCUUGUACCGCACCCUGUGUAGACCCUCUCUCUUUCACCUCCCUUAUUCCCCUCUCGAGCGUGCGUGCUGCGCCGCUCUCUGCAAUAGUCUCGAGCUCGUUCAUCUCGCGUG